GCGGGGGGGGCGGGGGCUUGGAACAUGUGACGCAUUGCGUGCCUGCGUAGGUGGGUGACGUAGGCUGAAGCGGCGGCGGAUUCGAGUCGAGAGAGAGAGAGAAGCCCCGCGGGUAAUUAAAUAAAUGGACACAGUGGCUGGAGAUUUAAAGCAAGCUUUACCAUCUUGUGAUUCAAUGCAAAUACACGUGGAAGUCUGUGUAAAACAGAACAGUAUUGUGAAGGAAGAAGAUGUCAGGGGACGUGUCAUUCAGCUGCUCAGCAGGCACAGGGUGGUGUUUGGCGAUUACAUCUGGAAGGAAUUUGACGAUGAAUUUCUAGCGAGGAAUGUAGAUUCUGUAUCUAUCAUAGACACCGAUUUGAAUAUUAAAGACAGACAACCCAUUGACCUGAACAAAUACAAUCUUUCGAUUUACAUUUUUCGCCUGAAUGAAGAGGGUCCAUCAUCUGAGAUUCUCGAGGGGGAAGAAGAGAAUAUGCCUGCAGCAAGCAACUGGCUUUUACCUGCUGGUGAAUUCCAUGGUCUCUGGGAGAGCCUGGUAUAUGACACCGAAGUUAAAUCGCAACUGCUUGACUAUGUUUCGACGACCUUGCUGUUUUCUGACAGAAAUGUUGACAGCAAUUUGAUUGCUUGGAAUCGGGUUGUGCUGUUGCAUGGCCCUCCAGGAACCGGCAAAACAUCUUUGUGUAAAGCAUUGGCUCAAAAACUCACCAUUCGAUUAUCUGACAGGUACCGGUAUGGGCAGCUAAUAGAAAUCAACAGCCAUAGUCUCUUUUCUAAAUGGUUUUCCGAGAGUGGCAAACUUGUUACGAAGAUGUUUCAAACCAUUCGGGAUUUAAUCGGGGAUACCCAAGCUCUUGUGUUUGUUUUAAUCGACGAGGUGGAGAGUUUGACCGCAGCCCGCAACGCUUCCAGAGGUGGCACCGAGCCGUCCGAUGCCAUCCGAGUAGUGAAUGCUGUGCUGACACAAAUAGACCAGAUCAAAAGGUACCCCAACGUUGUAAUUCUGACCACUUCCAACAUCACUGAAAAAAUUGACGUGGCCUUUGUAGACAGGGCAGACAUUAAACAGUAUAUUGGUCCACCGUCUGCUGCUGCUAUCUUCAAGAUCUACCUCUCUUGCCUGGAAGAAUUAAUGAAGUGCCAGAUCAUCUAUCCCAGACAGCAGCUGCUAAGCCUGAGAGAGCUGCAGAUGAUAGGCUACAUGGAAAAUGAUGUGUCCAGACUGAGCUUAGCACUUAAGAAUAUUGCAAUAAAAAGUGAGGGACUUAGCGGAAGAGUGUUGCGAAAGCUUCCCUUUCUGGCCCAUGCUCUGCACAUUCAGUCGCCAUCUGCAACAGUCGAGAAGUUUCUGGAAGCUCUGUCCAAGAUCGUGGACAGGCAGUUUGAAGAGAAGAAGAAAUUAAACAGCGAGAUAUAAAGAUAUCAGGUGCAGAAAGCACUUAGGUGUCUCGAGACACGUAAUUCAAGGUGUGCUGCUCCUUACUCACAGAAACCCCCUCCGUACUCUCGGCAAAGCUCCUCCCAGCAAUGUGUUCUGAAUAGCUGGAUUUUUCCCUUAGCCUCGGGAUCAUAUCCCGAGAGCAAGCACAUUUCUUUCCAAGUCACUUGCCUCCUCUCACGGUCUCUUCACGAGACUCGUGCAGGCUGUGAGCAGCUCACCUCUUUCCCCCAGGGCCUCCUUCCUUGCCGUUGUCUGUUUUGUGAACUGGAUGCUUGGGUGGGAAUGGGCUGCUGUAGAGCUGCCCAGUGUUGUGUUGUCUGCUUGUUGUUCAGCCCUCCCACUGCAGGACUGGCCUUCAGUGUUGGGAAGCUUCCCUUGUUAACACACAUGAUUUUGAUCAGUCUCCCUGCCUGUAGUGCCACCGUUUGCAAGUGUUAGCCUGCGGUCUAUCAUUCCAUGUGCCCUGACCUUCACAGCUCCAUCAAUCAUCUUCCCACGUACGCUACUCUUGCUCUACACUUGUAAAACCAGCUCAACCGGUGGCCAGUGGACAAGGGCCACGCACAGUGUACUGCCGUUCAGUCCUGCAAAUCAGACGGUGACAGGAGUUUAUUUCUUGCUAUGCUGCUCUGUGCUCAGUUAGCUGACCUGAGCCAGGCCAGAGGUUGGGCUGCUUCAGUUGGCUGUAGCCCGGAUGGAAAGUAGAACAAUUAUGCCAGGGUUUCAACUCAUGAAAGUCCCCCCCACAUUGUCAAACAGCCUGUCGGUACUCACUGUUGAGCCUCGCACAUAAAUAAUGGUCACAGUCAAGGAGACGGCUGUCGAGGGAACCAUACCCAACAAUAGACGGCGCUUUCCAGAGAUGAAGGGCAUUUAUUUUACAACGUGUGUGAUUUUUGCCUUCUGAUUUGAGCGUUUUGUACUUAUUUUUAAAUUAAAAUGUAGAGUCGAAAGAUUUGAGGAGUGGGGGAGGAGGGUGUAAAAAGCAGUUUGUAAUCGGAAUAUGUGUGAAGCAUGCAAAAAUCCAAGCUGGUGAGACAUCUAUUUUUAAUUUUGAAGUGCGCUUGGUUCAGUAUGUUAGAUGAAACGGGAGUUCCAGAGUGGAGGAGAGUGGUGGAUUUAUUGUUCACCGAUUGCUGCCAUUUAACCCAUUACACAAUUUAAACCCUUUGUUAUCUCAGGAUAUUGUUAUCUUUGGAUCAGAUUUUUCCACUCUUGCUACGUUUUUUUUAAUGGUUAACUUGAAAAAACCAAAUAUUUUGUACAAAGUUGAAAUAAAAACAUGUUUUUUUUUCAAAAC